AUGCAGGAAGCUCUCAUCUCUCCGGGCAAUGCCAGCCGCCUUCACUCGGCCUUGGAGCUCAAGCUGUUCGCCGCCUUCGGGGACCAGCGCCUCGCCUCGCCGCCGGGCUACCUCAAUAACCUCGCCUCCGUCGGCAUCGGUGGCGGCGGCGGCGACGACGCGCUGUUCCGCUGCUCGUCGCCGUUCAGCCCCAGCUUCGGCUUCUCCUCGCCGUCGCCGCUCGCCACCACCUCCUCCGUCUCGCUCUCGCCGUCCUCCUCCGCCUCGCUCGUCGACGACUGCGACGACGACGCCGCGGCCGCGGACGCCAACGCCGUCGCCACGGGCCACAGGCUCCAGCUCGCCCGCCUCGCGCUGCAGUACCAGGAGGUGGCCGACCGCUACGAGCUCUGCCUCGCCCGCCUCGCCGACGCCGCGGACGAGGCCGCCGCGCUCCACCGCGAGAACGCCGAGCUCCGCGUCGCCAACGCCGACCUCACGCGCCGCCUCGCGCUGCUUAGCGGCAUUGGCAAGCAGGCCGCCGCCGCCGCCAUCGCCGACGAGGUCCGCCGGCUCGGCUUCGGGGACCACAAGCAUGCCGCCAAGGAAUGCGCUCCCGAGAAGCCCGCCGUGCUGCCCAAGAGCAUUUCCGUCCGCACCAGCGACUACCUCAAGAUGAACAACCCCGCCACGCCGGCCGCAAACAACCGCAAGCCUCGCGCGUCGAAUCAGACCAACGCAAGCUCGCAGCGCGUGUACAGCAAGGGCAAUGGCGGCGACAAGAAAGGCGAGGAACCCAAGGAGCCGCCACACACGGCGGCGGCGGGUGGCAUGGAGCUGGAUGGGGAGCUGGAGGUGUACAACCAGGGCACGUUCAAGACGGAGCUGUGCAACAAGUGGGAGGAGACAGGGGCGUGCCCCUACGGCGAUCAGUGCCAGUUCGCUCACGGCGUCGCCGAGCUCCGCCCCGUCAUCCGCCACCCGCGCUACAAGACCCAGGUCUGCCGCAUGGUGCUCGCCGGCGAGGUCUGCUCCUACGGCCACCGCUGCCACUUCCGCCACACGCUCACCCCCGCCGAACGCCUCCACCUGCCCCGCCCUUAG